CCUUCCCGGACACGGACUGGAGCGACAGCUGGUAGCAGAAACAUCAUGAAGCCGUGCAUCGAAGGGAGCCGCCGGAGCGCAGCGGCCUCUGCGGCCUGAAAAAUGAGGGCUCGGCGGCGCGCCCGCGGGGGCCGCGGGCACGGGCACGCCGGAGAGCCGGGGCAUUAUGCGGCCCGGACCGAGCCUGGACUGAGGCCUCGGCGGCGCGCCCGGGGAAGGGGAGGGGGAGGUGCACGGUGUCCCCCGGGGCCGUAGGCGACCCGAGGCGGAGGGUGCGAAGUGUACCCCGGCGCUCCCCGCGCAAGGGCCGCCACGCCUGACCGGGCGGCCGCCCCGCGCAAGGGCACGGACGCCGUGGAGUCACACAAGAGGAGGACUGGCCGGGGGGGAGCCCGAGAGCUCUGAUGGCGCCUCCCCGGCAGAACCACAGGCUCUCGGCGCUCUGCGCGGACCUCUUGGAUCUGCGCCGGAGCCCCCCUUGGCGGCGCCCCUGGCGCCCUCCGCGCGCCAGAGAGGGGUGAGGUGGCAUUGCAGAUCCAAGAAAAAUCCCAUCGGACCUCCAAACGUUUAUGCUUGCACCGUUUUUCUGCUCGAGCUUCUGCGGCCGAAGGAGCACACAACUAUUCGGAGGAGGCGAAAGGAAGGGAACGGCGACUCGGCGCAAUGAUGAACCAACAGACAUGCGCACACGCGCGGAGGAAAACCCUGACAAAAAUAACGCGCGAAUCGCGCCGAGCAAAAUUCGACGGCUUGCUGAGGGGGGGCAGAACGAGCGCAAGAAAAAAGGCUCUCGAGAUCACGGGCGGUAAAAGCCAGAGUGGUGCUACGCAGUCCUCCCUAACGUCAGGGCGGCCGGCCGGCCCAACGGCUCCGUCAGGAGCAGUGGCCUCUGCGGUCUGGACUAACGAAUUAGCGCAUCAUGACGACCCUGAUGCUGGUUUUUCGACACCAAGCGGAUCGUCAAGCGGUGGCUGGUCGAUCGCCAGCUUGUUUUCAAAAAGGUCGAUUCUGGGCCACUGGCGGGAUUCAAUCGUCAGCGCACGCGGCGGGGUCGGUACCACGACGGUACGACUCGAACCUACCGUACACUACAUGGUCAUGUAAGCGGUGAAAACGCUGAUGCGGGACGGCCUUGCGAUCCCUGCAAUCUUGCCAAAUGCAACACACAUGAAAAACACAGCCCAACAACCGUGAAACUUAUCAUGCCCAUCAGCAACUUCCGGGCGGAUGCGGAGGCGGUGCCCGCGCGGGUCCGGACGAUCGGGGGCGACCUGCGGGGCGCAGUGCAACACGCCCGGGAACCAUCGGGGGCACAUGCUGGCAAGGCAAAGGUCCAGGCUUGCGGGCUGUCCACGCUGCGACCACUUGCGGGGACACGAGCCGGAGCCUGCUGCGGACAGGAGCGCGGUGGACAGGAGCGGGAAAACUCUGUGACAAAGAGCAUCUUGGCGACGAACGGAAGAGGGCCUUUCGAGAGAUGGCCGAACAAUCUUCCGCCGAGGCUCACGCAGGUCGCCAACGCGGAACGCAAAAUUGGAAACGAGGGCGCUUUCGCGCGACCUCGCACAGAAAACUUACGCGCGGAUGUCCGCGCAGUGACAUCCGUUUUCUUCCGUCGUUCAUCUUUCGACUUCACGCGAAAGUGACUCCAGGCAAGAGUGACGCGAGGAAGUGCGCAAACCUAGGCGUGCAAGCCCAUGCUGUCGCACCGCAUGCAUCCAUCGGGGGACCCCAGUGAGCAGCCGAGGUCUCUCUGGCGAAGGGCCAGUCUUACAUGCAGCUAGGAUCUUCAGCUCGAACGAUGGGAGCGGCUCGCGCUGUCAGCUCAGUUGACCCUCAUCAUCAGCUCGAACCAUGGGAGCGGCCCGGAUCUUCUGCUCCGAUCCAAUCCGUUGACCCUCAUCACCCAGCUUUGCCAGGGACGCUCGGGUCGGACGCACUGGCUCGUGUCAGGCCAAACCCGGGUCGACCAGGGCCUUGUCGCG